AUGCGUUCGCUUAGUCUUGCUGAAAUCAUUAAUCGCGCAACAUCGGCCCACCCGCACGCCAAUACGUUCAGAGAUCCAUACGCGGUUCAAAACACGGUCGUAAGUGCCAAGUGACAAUGACCAACGGUGGAAAGUACGCACCCUUGGCCCUGCAUUUCCUAGUCGUUUGUUCCGUUGCAUCCGCCGCGAAGUUCGCCCGUGCUAUAACCGACGAUGUGGAAUUCAUUACCCCUCGAGGGUUGGGACUGGGUCCAGGCGGAUUGGGGCCACUAGGACCCGGCGGAUUCAGAGGCAUCGAGAUUCUACCCCGACCGGAACCGUCGUGGAAGGCCGGAGCCACACUGGUGGCCGACAACCCGGAACAGCAGAUCAUGGGCACCAUCUCGUUCAAACAGUGGGCACCGGGCCACGUGGAAACCGCCAUCAAUGCCACCGGUCUGCCAGUGGGCAAACAUGCCGUCCACGUGCACGCUUUCGGUGACAUGCGCGAGGGCUGCAAAUCCACCGGACCGCAUUUCCGUAGCAGUAUUAUUGGAAACAUCGAAGUCAAGGACGAUGGCAAUGCGAUGAUUGAUUUUCACAGUCCCUACAUCAAUCUGUUCGGUUUCGCCGGAAUCGUAGGACGGGCCAUUGUGAUCCACGAGAAACCAUCGGAGAUCUACCGCUUCCCGGAUCUGUCGAUUAACAAUCCGGUGUCGUUCCAGGGCGAAGAAGACACGGUUGGAGCACGGAUUGCCUGCGGUAUCAUUACUAUUCUGGAUAAUGUGUCAUAGGCGGGGUGGUACACUUGUAAGACUUAUUCGAAUCGAUUUAUAUUUUAUGUGAUAUUCAAUAAAGUUUCGCUUGUAUUAUUACGAGAUAUAUCA